AUGUCUUCCCCUCGGGACCUUGAGAUCGUGCUUCUUGGAGCAACUGGGUAUACCGGAAAGCUGUGUGCUGAACACAUUGCUAAGAGUCUCCCUACCAACCUUGCAUGGGGAAUUGCAGGUCGGUCCUCCGAAAAGUUGGAGAAUUUAUCUACGAAGCUGCAGGCACUCAACAAAGAUCGCAAACCUCCAGAACUGCUGCCGGUUCAAUUUAAUGACGCUGAAUUGAAAACACUUGCCUGCAAAACCAAAGUUGUUAUCAACUGUGUCGGUCCAUAUCGCAAACACUCUACUCCUGUGGUGAAGGCCUGUGCUGAAAAUGGCACUCAUUAUGUUGAUGUGACGGGCGAGGCUCCUUGGGUCAGGGAUAUGGUCAGCAGGUUCCAUGAAGUCGCCAAGUCUACCGGCGCAAUUUUGAUAUCGGCGAACGGUGUUGAGAGUGCACCGGCCGAUUUGUUGACCUAUGUGAUGGCCAAGUCCAUCAAAGAUCAAUUUGGGGUUGUCACAGACGAGACGACAAUGUCUCUUUACCACAUAAAGGGCAAAUUCAGUGGUGGCACGCUCUCAACUGUUCUUGAUUUCUUUGACAACAUUGAUUCUCAAUCCAGUGAGCCCUACUGUAUCUCCCUCUCCAAGCCUGCUAAGCCAAAGUCUGUCUCUAUCCUGCGCCGAAUCUUUGGCGUGCAUUAUGUUCCAGACAUCGGAGUUGGCACCACCUGUGUCUGUGAGGCAUGUGACACCGCGAUUGUUCACCGUACUAGCUCCCUGAUGCCUCAGCUCUUCAAUCCGGACUUCAGGUUCUGGGAAAGUAUGAAAACCCGCAAUAUCCUCACCGGUCUUGCCGUGCAUUUCACUCUCAUAACUGCGGCCGUCGUUUUGCUACUAUCCCCUGUUCGGUGGCUGCUACCUAGGUACAUAUAUGCUCCUGGUGAAGGAGUAGCCGAAGACGACAAGGCUGGCUUUUCAAUUGAGUACAGAGGUGUUUCGACUGCUAAGCAAGACAAGCCGGGGAAAAAGGAUAUCAGAAUCCUUGGAUCCUUCCGUUAUGAUGGGUGUCCGUACGUGCUCACAGGAAUUUUCCUUGCCGAGGCAGCCAUCGUUUUGGCUAGGAGUAACAGAGUCGGCCAGGAUAUUACGGCGGGAUAUCUCACCCCCGCCUCAUUGGAAGUCGAGUAUAUUGAGAAUCUAGAGAAGGCUGGUGCACACUUCAAGACUACAGUAUUGGAGCAGUAA